UCUACCUGUGGCUUGUCGAGUGUCUUUAGUUCAAGAGGAACCUCAUGUCUGUUGUAUCCACCUUAAGGAGGUACCGAGAGGAAACGGUGCCAUGGAAUUUCUGCCAAAAGUUUUGAUGACUCGCGCCGGCUCGUGAAAUCUUGAAGCAGAGAAGAUGUUAUCAGCCAACGGCUCAACACGCCUCUUGUAAACUCACGGACAUACAAGAAGGCUAGAGUGUGUAUUACGGAGAUCCCUGUCCGACGGCAAACUAAAACAUCCCCGAUGGGUUAUUAGUGACCGAGCACUGAGGUUAUAUUUUCGCCCGCAAUGGCUGGCCAGGGCGGUAAAGAAGGCUAACAGUGUAUGUCAUACUUCAGCUAAUGUAAACAUAUUGCCAGAGAAACACGCGAGCGGAGAGCCGUGAGUUCCACACUGGACGGCCAAGGUGAAAAACAAGAAGGACAUAUGGUAGAGACAGUGCAGGGAAUCCCCAAGGGUGUAAAAAACAAACUUUGUCUGAGCUAGUUGGGAACUGAUGUUAACUCUGUGCCUGAGAAUUCCUUCACCCUCUUCUCUUAAUUCCAAUGCCAUUUCUUCCUCCUUACCUUUGGUCGAGUCAGCAUUAGGGAUCACUUCCGGUCUUGCUGGAGAACGCUUCCUGGAGUCCCAAUCAGUCUGUUGUUAUUCAGCAUCAGCAGGAAAGAAAUACUCAUUACAUCGUCGCCUUCCAAAAGUGACAUUCAGGAAACUUCGUUCAUUUAAGGAAACUCCCCCACCGAUUGGCAAAUUUCACGGAAUUGUUAACGACAACUGUGUUCGUUGUCAUUGUGGAAACAUUCACGACGCGCCUUGCUUAGUUUGCCCGGAAGUUGACGAAGUCACCGUACACAAUUCACCAGGUCACCAGCUGAUCGCCUAUCAUUGUUGCCCAAGAAUCCAUCAUUCUAACAUCUGUGACGUCUUUCAUGCCGUUCCUCUCGUAUUUUUGGGUUGUUACUCUUGUCACAGUGGAGACUAUCUAAACCACAGUGAGAGGGGGUCACAUUUAUAUUUCCCGCCAUGCCAUCCAUGGUCAAGUUUUUCGGCGAGUUAAGUGGACAUCCGGGCUUAGAUAGAUCGGAAAGUUGCCGGGAGGAAAUCGCGAGGCGCCAGUCAAUUCACGCUGGCACCACUUUGAAUAUAUCGUCAUAUUUCGGAGAAGCGGAUGCUGGUGCUCCAAUGGACAGUAUAAUCGGGUCGGUUGGCAGGGUUGCCAAAGUCAAGGUCAGGAACGAUGAUGACCUUGUCGACAGGUUGAACCAUUUGUAUUCCACGGGGAUCCUGAUCAUCUUUACGGUGGUGGUCAGCGCCCGGCAAUAUGUCGGGGAUCCGAUCAGAUGCUGGUGCCCUGCCCAGUUUACGGGUGCACACGUGGACUACACGAACAAUAUAUGCUGGAUUUCAAACACCUACUACAUCCCAAUGAUUGAAACCAUUCCAAUAGAGCAUCAUGUCAGACGACAGAAGGAGCUGCCAUACUACCAGUGGGUGCCAGUCGUCUUGUUGCUGCAGGCGUUGCUGUUUUACCUUCCCUGUAUCAUUUGGAGAAUCCUCAACAGUCAGUCUGGCAUCAACAUUGAUCGCAUCGUCUCCUUGUCCACCGAGGCACAGUACGAGAGCCCGGAUAACCGUAUCAAGACCAUCAAAUACGUCGUCCGCCAUCUCGACCGUUGUCUUGACAACCAGCGCGAGCAUAGAAACACGUGUUGUGUGCGACUACGUCACAUCCUGUCCACAAAGAUGAACUUGCUGUGCGGGAAGCGGUAUGGGAAUUAUCUUCUGGCUGUGUACUUCCUCACCAAGCUCUUGUACAUUGCGAACGCCAUCGGUCAGCUGUACCUCUUGAACGCCUUCUUGGGGACACAGUACCAUUUGUACGGCGUCCAAGUCAUCGAGGAUCUUGUAGAAGGGAAGGAGUGGAGGGCUGCUGAGCGCUUUCCGCGGGUGACGUUGUGUGACUUUGAAAUACGCCAGUUACAAAACAUUCAGCGAUACACUGUCCAGUGCGUCCUGCCCAUUAACCUUUUCAACGAGAAGAUCUACAUCUUCCUCUGGUUCUGGUUUGUCUUCGUUGCGGCCUUCAGCUGCUACAGCCUGCUGUCUUGGCUCUGGAGCAUGUUGUUUCCAGCCACGCGCAUCACCUACGUGCGCAAGUUCCUUAAAAUCAUGGAUCGCAUCGGUGCAGGACCGGACAAAAAACUGGCAAAUCGUUUUACGAUGGAAUACCUACGUCACGACGGCGUCUUCACGUUACGUCUGGUAGGUAAAAACUCAAGCGAUAUUGUGGUGGGAGAAAUCGUCUCUGGUCUGUUCGAUAUGUAUAGAAAUAAGAAGAACAUUCAGAUUCGACCGAAUGGCCAUGAGACGGAAGGUGAAGAUGUAUGAUCUCGUUAAAUUUUAAGAAGAAAGUAAAAAAAUAAGGACAUCAGAGCUAUACAUUUUGUUUCUUUGUUUCAAAGUAAAUCGCGAAAAUUAUUCCCUGAAUACCUGGGUAACAGUAAACGAUGACGUGCGAAGCUGAAGUCAAAUCACCCCCGGAACGGACUAAUGUACUUAGAUUCCCUCGGAAGAAAAUAAUAACAGUGGAGAUAUGCAACACCUGGAAAACUUAAAAUUCUUACGGAAUUAGACCGAUUUAUGCGAGGGUGUAGUGUUCGAUGGAAAUUCUGGGGGCGGUUGUGUAGAUGUGUGGUGUGGCAUACUACUGUGUGAUGAGGCUUCGGGUGUAGAGUGAGUCAUAUCCGGGCACUCCAGGUAUUCUCAAAGCAUUCCGGACUUUAGUAACCCCAGGAAGCCAUUGCAAGUCCCGGCAAGGUUUCAAAGUCAUGAAAACUGUUCUACGUGGUGGCAAUACAUACGUUGUACUAGUGAGAAUCAAUGAAGGACUUGUCGAAGAGGGACAAUGUAAUGGCCUUGGGGACACCUAUAGUGUAGAAACACUGACGAUGAAAUCGUUCUGUGAUCAAAUUCUCAUCCAUAUUUUGUCAACGGUGGUUGCACUUUUGCUGGUUUGCGGGUUCUGCUGCAUGCUGUGGUAAAGACCGUGGCAAAGAACGUUUGAUGCGUGUUCAACAUCAGGAGAUGGAACAGAAUGGUUCAGUAGGCCGCUGACUGUAUACCCUCAUUUUCAAUUAACGUUUGGAUGUUGUGUUUAGUUUGGUGAUUAUUUAGAAAUGGCGUUUAACACCAAUAUCAUCCAAGGAAUUAGAAAUUCGGUUUCGGUUAUAAACAAUUUGAUAUUUCUCCUGAUUUCGCCUAUUGUUGGAUUCAAAAUAUGAUUUCUUGACAAUGAACCCCAGAAAAAUGAUCAUCGUAGAUUGAUUGGUGCUAACCCACAUGUAUCACCGAAAUCACAUUUUAGUGCCUUCUCUCUACAUUAUUCACCAUCCGUCCCAAGACGACUACGAUAUUAAAAUGCUCCGCUAAUUGAGAUGUGAUGGAAACAUUAAAAGUGCCUUCCUUUUUGGUUGUAGCAAGGUAGCAACCACAUUUUUUAACCUACCGUCUUCCUUCUAUGCAAAUCUGUUGCAUGUAAAAUCGAAAGUGCAAAUAAUUCAUGUUGCUCAUUUUGUAUGAUCUGUUUUCACAGUGUGUUUCUAUGCACUAGGAAAAGUAAGAUGUAGUAUAGUGGGAUCAGUGUUAUACAUGGCUGUAGUGUUAUUAUCAUGCAGAAGCACAUUACGUAGUAAUAAGGUGGAAAUUAUGAUAUUGGACUUAUGUCAUUUUGCCACGGGUGUCAUUCUCAUAACUACGAUUGGCGUGAGUUAUUUAAUGUCUGGAUGAAAUAUUGGCAGAUGCAUUUAUACUGAUGGCGUGAUUUUCUGAUGUCGUGUUUAGCGUUAAUAACAGCUGUACGAUGGAUAUGGUUUGACAGAUUACCGCAGAGGGAAUUUGCUUGAAAAUGAUAAAAUAUGGCACACGAAAACGAGCUUGACCCCUGGAAGUGCUGCAGUGUGGAAAUGGUGUCAGAAGUGGGACCCUUGUAUUUACUUGGAAUGUAAACUAUGAGGUGACUAAGCUGGGUGUGUGGUGCGAUUGCAGGUCGUGGGUUUAUAUUACCACGACAGGUUCGACCCAUUCUGGUCAGUUCUCUUUACUUCCUGGAGGCCUUUCUGUUGUCUGGAUGAAUCCGAUGGCAGCGUUCGCCCCGCCUACAACACCUGCUGCACUAAGGGCGCCCUGUUAUCCAUAGAAAAUCUCCAUCACUCUGCACGGUUCUCACCCAAUCCACAGUCUACCCCAAGAAUCGUAAAAUUAUUUAUUUAAACUUUGAUCCUUUUUACUCAAAACUGUCGGUGUUUUUAUGUCAAUUCUCUACAUCAUUUCACUUUCGAAAGUGCGCGUUUGAUCUUCUCAAAAAAGAAACAUUUGAAUGUAAAAAAAAAGGUGACUGAACAUUGUUUUUCGCAGGGUUCCUCUUGACAUAUACUUGUAUUAGAUAUUCUCAAACCAACCAGAUAUCUUGAAUCUGCAAGAGUAUACACUCUCGCAAGUAGUUUCUGUAUUGCUUUAGCUAUAUAUAGCCUGUACACGUUUUUACUAACUUAGGGGCACAAAAAGUGGAUAGUUUUAAAAUAUAUUGUGGUAAUUCGUUGAUACUGGAAUUACUCUGUCUUUGACACUGGAAUUACGGCCUCCGUCGUUGAUACUGGCAAUAUGACCUCCGUCACUGACACGGGCAUUACGAUUGGUGUACGAGUGUCUUUAUCGACGCACAGGUCCAACAUGGGAAACAUAUUUGAUAGAAUGCAUUGCUCCCAACAUUACCGAACAAAACAUAUCGUAUCGUUGAUGCUUAUUACAACGGUUAUAUUUUAGCCCGUGGUUGUAAAUUUUGUGUUUUUGCAUGCGGAUAAGUUAUUCUAGUGGCUAUGAGGAACGACAGUUUUGUUCUAUAUUAUUUCACUCAUUUUUUAUUUCUUUUUUUUUCUGUUAACAAACGUCUUUCGAUUAAAACAUAGGUGAUGUACGGUACAGUAUGGUUAAUGGUUGUGGGUGGUUCACGGGCUCUUGAUAGUGACAAAUAAGUUUCGUUUUCAUCCGAAUUUUGCGAAAUAAAUGUUGUCAUGGUGAUACCCGUGUGGUUCGGAAGGAGAAACGAGGACGUAGCGCAAUUUUGUGAUGUUUUUACCUGUGUUUUGUUAGUUUUUUUCUUGUUUCCCAUUUGUUAAAAUUUUUAUCAGCGUUGUAUAUAAUACAGUUUUUGAUAACUGCCAUUUUAAAUGUAACCAAAUGGACAGUACAUAUAUCUCGCAGAUGUUUGCUUUGCUAGUGGAAGUAACCUUCCAGAUAUGAUUGUAUUUGGAUUGAACAUAUAUACAGACCUCUUUUUUUCGCCCGCCAAAAAUAAAUUGUAUAUGGAAAUAUUUUUUGUGUGAAAAUAACCCACUUGUAUGUCAGUAGUUUGCAUUUAGCGGUACCGUAGUUAAUCCUUUUUUUCUGUAUGUUGUUUGUGUAUCUCUAAUUUCUUAUGUGGUUACGCAGAGCUUUCAUUGCCUUGAAUUCAGAACGUUUUCCUAUGAAGUUGUGAAUUUUACGGCGAAUAGAGUCAAAACCUCGAACUGUCCUUGACCUCUGAAAUACUUCAGUUCUGUAGAACCAUUAUGGCCGAAUACCAUGAGGAGGAACUCUUAGAUAGAGCGGGACUUCCGAUUACGUCACUUGUCUAUUAAUAAAACUGUUGUAGCUUUUUGUCAUGCGGUGCAAUGUUGUAGUAUCUUACGGUCGCAAAAUACCUGUCUGUUACCAAAUAAUACAUUCUCUCUAUGCAGUUGAAUGCGGCUUUACAUGCAUUGUUAUUGGUAGCAAUGAGAUAAUUUGUAACUCGUCACUUCUAUUGAUUUUUAAUCCUCUCAUUUUUGGUUUUAUUUUUACGCCUUGCUGAAAGCAGUCAUUGUUCACUCAUGGUGUACAUAAGUGUGUAUUGGAAGUUGCCAGGGGUAUGCAUAUGCCUGACUUAAUAUAGUUGAGAGUUUUAUACAAGGUAUGGUAGUCUGUAAAUAAAAAAGACAAGACAUUACAACGCGUAUGUGAAUUUUCAGCUGAAGUAUUUCUGUUGCAAUGAAUUUCAACAAUGAGUGAUGUGUAAUAUGCAAAACAAAGACCUUGCGCGCAAUAAAAUGCAUAAAAGGAAAAUAUGUACUCUUCCAAUACCUACAUUGUAUUUUGUAUGAUGUAUUAUGUGGCAUAUGCUUUUGCUUCACCCUGUGAGGUCUGAUGUUUGGAUAGCGAUAUAUAAAAUUAUGUCAUACCGGAAACCCAUUUACCCAGCCAACUGCUACCCAAAGUCACGCCACAGGGCAUACGUUAUUCAAGAUGGAAUUUUUAUCAGUGUGCCAAAGUAGUUGUAUACUCGACACAUCAGAAUUGAAUUGUUAAAUCCAUAUACCUAAUGUAAACAAAGUAUUUUCCGGGGAUAAAGAAAGCAUUCAUUCGUGCAUUGGACCGAGUGCGCAGCGCUAUAUUAGCAUGAAUGCUGACUCGAGUUCAAGCUGAUACUUGCAAUACAGCAGUACUACGUAAGCCGCUUGCUCGUGAAGCGUCACGCCAAAGGCAGAAAGGAACACUAAACUACACAGCGUCAGGCCUGGAUUACUCCAGGCGGGAAAAGCUCGCCAUUGUAUGGCGUCAGUGUUUUGUUUUAUCACUAAUAACCAGAAUUCUAAUCACAAAAUUUAAUCACAAACUGAUGUAUUAACGGCUUUUUAGCCAGAACUACUUAGUCUCACGCUGAAAUGAUGCCUCAAGAUUUUUACCGGAAGUAUGGUUGAAAUGUACUGUAUAAACUGUAUAACCAUGGUUGUCAUGGCGAUGUGAUGAUGUUGUUGUUGUUUUAUUAUGGAGAUGUUCAACAGCUGUUACUGUCUAUUGUUUUCUUUUUGUUCCCAUUUGUUCCGUAUGAUAACGGUGACAGGCAUGCAGUUAUUUCACAUUUGUGGUGUCCGAUUGUGUUUCUAUAUUUGAUGUCCAAAAAACAUCGUCUCGUUUUACAAACUGUAUAAUUUUACCUAAAUGUCUGUUGAUUUUAUUUCCGAAGCGGUAUGUGUAGUUAAUCUUUUUAGUAUCGAGCUGGUUUGCUUCAAAUUCGGCUUCAGAAUGACGUGUGUUGUUCAGGACUGUUCCUUUUCUCUCGGAUAUUUCACAUUUCCUUUUUUUAUCUUGAUUGAUAUGGUUCUGUUAGAUUUGAAAAAUCUAACUGGCUGAUGAUUGGUAUGUUUACCUUUAUCACGUGACAUCAAGGAUCACCAUGAUUCUGAAGUACAUUAGCUGUUUUGUUACUUGAUUUUAUGACAAUCUGCAUGUGAUAGCUAUUCAUGUAUUAAGCGUAUGUAGUCUUCCACUUGUAUGAUAUGAAAACCCAUAUUUUUUACUUGUUAAUUGUUUGAAGUGAGAAAAAAAAUCAUUUUGUAUAGCACCAUAUUAUAUUCUAUGACAGACACUAAAACAACAUCCAUAAUUAUAUAUAUGUACAUGUAUAUAUAUAUGGACACUAUAACCCGGGGACGGAUACGAAUAAAUGCUUUUUUAUAUGUUAUUGACCAAACGAAUUUGAGAAAAAAAAUAAAAUCAUUCAUCAUUUAAAACAUAA